CAGCACCAACAAGCCAAUGAGCUCACAACACUGACCUCAGCGUCCCGCCCUCACCUUUGCAAACCAGCCAAUAGACGACGCCCCCGGGGCUCUGCUCGAGCAGAGGCCUAGCCAUACAGGUAACUCGGUGAAAAAAAUAGUAAGGCGAGGAAGAAAAAAAACUCCGGGGCUUGUUAUGGAGUUCGUGUGAAGGAAACACGGAUUUCCACCCUUCUUUACCAGUUAAACCAGUAUCUCUGGAUAGAACACACUCAAGUACUGCAACAGUUUUUACCCUUGUGGUCCCUGAUGGCUUCGCACAGUGAUACUCUGGUGGUGUUCUUUGGGGCAACAGCUGGUGAAAAUGGGGGUAAACUGGGUUCGGAUGAGAGGGAAAUAAUUCUCUUGGUGUGGCAAAUUGUGGAUCUACAUGAGAAAAAGGUCGGGAAGCUUCAUAAAUGUUUUGUCAAGCCGGACACUUUGGAGCUGACUGACCAGUGUAAAGAGGAGACUGGGCUGACUGUGGACGACAUCGUCAAAGCUGAGCCACUGGACAAAGUUCUGCAACAGUUCCAGCAGUCAGUGUCAUCAGAAGUAAAAUGCCUUGGCAGGACCACGUACACACUUUGUGUGGACAGUCCCCUUGUCAUUCGUCAGGCCCUCCACCCAGAAGCUUCCAAAAAGAAUCUGGUCCUACCUGAAUGUUUCUUUUCAUUUGUGGAUGUGAGAAAGGAGUUUCACAAAUGCUGCCCAAAUGCUGGCCCUGCGCAGAAGCUCACACUCACCUCAAUGUUGGAAUAUGUUGGUCUCCCUGCUGUGUCAGAGGAGUCGAUAGGGGUGAGGGAGGUGAGGAACAUGGUGCAGCUGACACUCUGCAUACUGGCUGAGCCCCACAAUCACAAAUUCUCCUGUGUUGAAACAGUGAACUACAAGUUUGACUCAGGCACAUGUAAGACUGAGCCGGUGGACAGCGAGACUGUGAUCAGAGCACGAGGGCUUCCAUGGCAGUCCUCAGACCAAGACAUUGCUCGCUUCUUUAAAGGCCUCAACAUCGCCAAGGGUGGUGUGGCGCUGUGUCUUAAUGCUCAGGGCAGGAGGAACGGCGAGGCCUUAGUUCGCUUCAUCAACUCUGAACACCGAGACCUGGCGUUGGAGCGCCACAAACACCACAUGGGCAGCCGCUACAUUGAGGUCUACAAGGCCACAGGAGAGGAAUUCCUCAAGAUUGCUGGAGGUACAUCUAAUGAGGUGGCCCAGUUCCUGUCCAAGGAGAAUCAAGUGAUUAUCCGUAUGCGGGGAUUACCAUUCACUGCCACACCACAGGAAGUGUUGGCCUUCCUUGGUCCUGAGAGCCCAGUUACAGAUGGCACCGAGGGUCUCCUGUUUGUCAAGUACCCGGAUGGGCGACCCACUGGUGAUGCCUUUGUGCUCUUUUCCUGUGAAGAGUAUGCCCAGAAUGCGCUGAAGAAACACAAACAGAUCCUCGGGAAGCGUUAUAUCGAGCUGUUUCGGAGCACUGCAGCAGAGGUGCAACAGGUUCUGAACCGCUACAUGUCCACACCUCUGAUCUCCACACUGCCCCCUUCGCCAAUCGUGCCUGUCCCGGUCCUCACAACACCUCCGUUCCUUCCAGCAGCGAGCAGCACUCGCGACUGCGUACGCCUCCGUGGUCUGCCCUACACUGCUGGCAUUGAAGAUAUCCUGGAGUUCAUGGGAGAGCACACUGUUGACAUCAAACCACACGGAGUCCACAUGGUCCUCAACCAACAGGGACGGCCCUCUGGUGACGCCUUCAUCCAGAUGAAGUCACCUGACAAGGCAUUUAUGGUAGCCCAAAAGUGCCAUAAAAAGACAAUGAAGGACCGGUAUGUGGAGGUCUUCCAGUGCUCCACAGAGGAAAUGAGCAUUGUCCUGAUGGGAGGAACUCUGAACCGCAGCGGCCUCUCCCCACCACCCUGCAAGCUUCCCUGUCUGUCUCCCCCCACUGCCUAUGCUGCAUUCCCCACUCCACCUGCCAUUCUCUCUGAAGCUGCCCUCUACCAGCCUCCCCUGCUUGCUGCUCCCAGACCUCCUCAGACCACCACACACAGCCCUGCUCACACUCUGGCAUACUACCCCCCUCAGCCACAUCUCUAUAUGAACAUGAACAUGAACUACACUGCUUAUUACCCCAGCCCUCCAGUGUCUCCCUCCACAGUUGGCUACUUUGCAGCUCCACCCGCAGUGGCAGCAGCAGUUGCAGCUCAGCCCCACCACGCUGCAGCUGCCGCCUCUCCUGUACUACCCCAGCCUGGUGCCCUGGUCAGGAUGCAGGGUCUGCCCUACAAUACUGGAGUCAAGGACAUCCUCAGCUUUUUCCAGGGAUACCAGCUUCAGCCAGACGCCGUUCUCAUCUUGUAUAACUUCAGUGGCCAAUGCAGCGGCGAGGCCUUGAUCACCUUCCCCAGUGAGGAGAUCGCCAGGCGGGCUGUAGCCGAGCGCUCCAACCACCCCUUCUAUGGGCAGCAGGUCCACUUGGCCUUCUGUAACUGACCACUAGCCCUCCAUCUCCUUCCACCUCGCUCACUUUAGCAUCCCACCGAAGAGCACUCUCCUGUAAACACCUCGUCAACCUCCAGUUAUUCCAAUACUCUGUCAAACAGCUAUUGCUCCUCUCACUUUUCCACGAUCUGCUAUUCACACCUGACACUACUGGUCCUGGCACUCCUGAAGCUGCUGUUGGAAUUUGAGCAUCUACUGAUGCUCAGAUUUUCAGGUUCAUGUCACUUUGUGGAUGUCAUGUAUAGCAUUUCUUUGUAUUUGCACCAACUGUAAUAGCUGGUUGUAGAGAAGAGAGAGCAAGGAGUGUGGACAGAUCAUAUCAGUGUCUCUACAAACCUAAAUGUGGAUGAUUAUUUAAAUGCACACUGCAUGUGUUCCCCAUAAAACUGUACAGAUGUUCAUCCUGGAAUGCUUGAGGCUGUAAAAAACAAAAACAAAAUACAAAAUCAACCAACUUCUACACACAAUCAUUUUUGUAUAUUUCUAAAUUUUCACUUUGCAGCAGUGUGGGAUUUCCUGUGUGUUCACUCUGUGCAAGCACAGCUGUGUGCAUGCAUAGGCUUUUGUUUAUUAUCUGGUGGCCUGCAGCAGUGUAUUUGUAACACUGAAAAGAGAAAAAAAAGCCAUAAAGUGUGACUUAGACUACUGAAAGAGAGUAUAACUGUACACUUGUACUUGUAAACUGUCAUGAAUUCAUUUGACAUAACUUUGAGCUUCAGGGACUACUAGUUUAUACACAGCUGUGCAAGAGGAGCAACUAAUGCACAACUUCUGUUUUCUAUAAAAACCAUUUAUGUACAACAUACUGUCAUCCUAUUUAGACUUUUUCCAAGCACUACAGAUUUCUUUUUGCUUCAGUCAGAGACUUGAAGAACUGAGUGUCUUUAACAGAGUAGCACGAGAAAUUAAUUCUAUUUUUAUUAAUGUCAUUUCUUUACAAAAACUAAGAUUUUGUUAUCAAAUGUAAAAGAACGUGUGUUUCCUAAAGUUGUUUAUAAUUAGCUACUGUAUGUCUUUUGUUCUUGUCUCCAGAAUAUUUAUGUCUGUCUGUAGCAUGCUUUAAUUCCUACCAGAGUACUGUGUAAAGCUGCAUGAGUUUUUCCUGUGGCAGGCCCUCUGACAGCUCACUUAGUUUUUCACCUUUACUGCGCCUACAUCACCCAGAGUGCAAUACUGGCCCAAAAGAGGCUAGGUCAACCUCUGGUGGCAGAGGAGAUAUUUCUUUUUGUAGCAAGUUUGAGACUUGCCUGAAUUUAGAUCUAUGUAUAGACUGUAAACAAUAAAAAGUGUUGACGAUGA